AUGCAUGGACGUACAACAGCGAGUAUGUUUCGCACAAAUAAUCAGUUUGAAGGUUGGAAUACUCGUAUGCACAAGUUAAUGGAAUGUGAACAUCCAAGUCUUUGGAAAUUUUUCGAUAAGUUAAAACUGGAGGAAGCAAAUGUUCGGAUACAUGUUAUUCAAGCUGGCGUCAGUCAGCAGCCACCAUCACAACAACAACGUUAUGCUGAGUAUAAUCAGCGAUUACUUCAUCUACUAGAACACGCUCAUGCCGAUCUUGACCGUCAAAUAAACUCAAUAGCACAUAAUAUUAAACUAUAA